GCAGUUCAGUUCUUGACGCAAGUUGUGGGUAUCAGCCGAGUUUCAUUUGGAGAUCGCUCAUGAGUGCCCAAGAGUUUUUGUGCAGUGGGAUCCAAUAGCGUAUCGAUAAUGUACUCAAUGUGAGAAUUUGGGGAGAUAAAUGGCUCCCAUCGGCUGAAGGUAUGUUUGUCCCAUCGCCACCUGUUGGUUUGCCGGUGGACUCAGCUGCGCUGGAGCUAAUCGAGCCAGAGACGAAACAGUAAGACGUCAACCUCCUUGAUAGUUGUUUCCAGGCUGCUAUAGUCGAGACAAUAAAGCAUGUCCCGUUGAGAGGACAGGGGGAGAAGGAUACACUGAUUUGGAAUUGGAGCCGCGAUGGGGACUUUGUGGUGAAGGUAGGUUAUAACCAAUGGUUGAAGACCUUUAAAGUAGAACAAGGCCUAGUCAUACAUGGGGAUGAAAGCACGUGGAAGCAUAUGUGGGGAAUGACAAUCCCGCCGAAGAUUAAACACUUUAUGUGGAGAUUCAUGAGGAACGCCCUUCCUACAGGAGAUCGUGUUAGCGAGAAGAGUACGAGAUGUAGUGACAAAUGUCCCUUUUAUGAUAUUCGUGAGACCCAAAUUCACUUCUUUGCGGAGUGUCCCUGGACGACAAGAUUAUGGCGGCAGUCUACACUUUCUGGUUGCUUUGAAGCACGGAGGAGCGACGAUUGUUUAGAGUGGGCGAAGCGGGUAAUGACUGCGGUGGAUGGAGGGACGUUUGAGGAGUGGUGCUCGUUGUUGUGGACUUUAUGGAAAGAGCGGAACGCUCAGUUGUUCAAUGGGCAAAAGAUGCCAGAAGAAGAGAUUGUGACCUGAGGAUCUACUUACCUUGCAGUCUAUAGACAACAACAGGGGAAUGAACAGAUAGCUAGAACACCCCCAACUGUUGAAGCGACAAAGAGAUGAGAGCGCCCAUGAGAGGGGUCCAUCUCGAUAACCACAGACGUAGGGGUAUUCCCGACAGGAGGAGCAGGACUCGGUGUGGUUAUUAGUGAUGGAAUCAGGCGCUUUGUCCUCGCAGCUGCGAAGAAAGUCAAAGGGAAGUGGACGGCGCUGAUGGCGGAAGCUUUUGCUGCUGAGUUUGGAGUGCAGCUGGCCUAGCAACUUCAAAUGACGCGGCCGAUACUGGAAUCUGAUAGCCAAACCUUGACACAAUUAAUGAACAGUGCGGAGCAAU